AUGGACCCCCCCUCCCCGCAGCAGACUGUCCAAGGCCUCGGGAAUGUCCUGGUCAUUGGAGGUUGCGGUCUUCUUGGUCACCAUAUCGUCAAAUUUCUUGUCGAGAAUGGCAAACCAUCGGAUGGAAAUUUUGUUUUCGAUUUAUCCUCGGUCUUCGCGCGGUGCAAUAUUGUUGGCGUCCAAAUCAUCGCAAACUGUGCACAGGAACAAGGUAUUCCUGUUCUUGUACACUUGUCGAGCUCUGAAGAGGAUCUGGUCAACGGCAGUGUCUACGCAAAGACUAAAGCCAUCGAAGAAGGCUUGGUGAUACCUGCCAAUAGGCAAAGAAGCCUCUUGACAACUGCGAUUCGGCUAUGCACCCUGGUUCGAGAAGAAGACAGAGUGCUCACGAGACAAUUCAUAGAAUUGGGACGGAAGGGGACGAUCAAGUCUCAGGUUAGGCACGGGAAAAACAUGGAUGACUUUAUUUAUGCUGGAAACGCAGCAGAAGGCCAUCUGAUUGCUGCACAGGCUCUCCUCCACACCGCAUCUUCCGAUGCUUCCAUCCCCGCAAAUAAACACGUUGACGGCGAAGCCUUCAACAUGACCAAUGACGAGCCAUGGCCUUUUUGGGAAGCUGCUCGUUUCGUCUCUAACACUACUGGCUUUCCAAUGGCUGAGCAUGAAGUAUGGAAGAUACCUAUGGAGCUCGUGUACUUUUUCAUGGCUAUAUGGGAAGCCAUAUACUGGGUCUUCAUGCUGGGUGGAGAGCCCGAGGUCAAGGCACGAGUGUUGCGAUACACCCAGCAGGUACGCACUUUCGAUAUCACGAAAGCGAGGGAAGGACUAGGCUUUGAACCGAGAGUUACUUUAGAGGAGAGAUUCCGCCGUGGCGUGAACUGGCAUCGUGAACAGGACAAACAAAAGGCAAAGAGUCUAUGA